GUCAAACUAUUUCAUGCUUUCCAUUUAAUAAAAAAAAAAAAUUGGGAAAUUUAAGGGAAUUAACAAAAAAAAAUGAGAGAAUAAAUUCGUUAAAGCAGGAAAGUCAUAGCUACUAGCUAGUGGAAGGGAAGAUACUGUUGUCGGCACCAGAUCUCUUCUGUCCGAGUGAAGCCUCCCCUCGGGUCGUACUGGAAACCCUGUUUUUCAAUCUUCUUGUUCUGGAAUCCAAACAAGAAACAAAGGAAGAAGAUUUAAUACGUUUUUCUUUUUCUGGAGAAGGAAGAGAGAAGGAGAUGAUGGAGUAUGAGAACGGGAAGAGGAGAAAAGGUCGGAACAGACAGAGAUUACACGUCCAGUUCUCGUCUGUAAGGCCUUUGAUCUUGUGUUUUUGUUCCUUGGUCUUGUUGCUGUUGUACUUAUUAUCCGCCGACAUGAUUCCGGCGUUGUCGGUCCGUUCUGGCUCUCUAAGACCGGUCCUUAGGGUUCCGGCUUUGUCGGUCUUAUCAUCCAUCGACUCGAUUCAACGCUCCUUUCACGGUGGAUUCCCCGAAUUGAGAGUGGAGAACAGGGUUCAGUUUCCGGACCAUCUCUUGCUGAUUCUGUCGAACAAAAUCGAGAAGAGUGAAAUCCUGGAUUGUGUUUACUCCCGUUUAAGCGAUGAUGCGGAUAAACAAUCUAGUAAAUUUAUAGGAAAGGGAGAGACUUUGGUCAUGCCCGCGAUUUCAAUCGAUGAGUACAAUGAGUUUAGAUCCAUUGUUCGUUGUCCGAAUGCUCCUUUGAACUAUUCUGCUGCAGUUGGAUUGCAAUUUCAUGGCGAUUUUGUGAAGCAGAAAGGUGGUAGCGACCGUAAUGUGACGGUCCAUGAUUGGGAAAAGGUUGUUUAUGAGGCGGUGAUCGAUGGAAACUCGGCCGUUGUCUUCGUCAAGGGACUGAAUCUGCGGCCGCAUAAGGAGUCUGACCCUUCUUACUUCAAAUGCCGGUUCGGAAUUAGGAACCUUAAGAAAGAUGAAGGGUUUGUUUUCGAGACCCGAGCUAUUGCAGCUGCUCAAGAAGUUGUUCGGUGUGUAUUGCCACGGAGUAUGAUGAAAAACCCGGAAAAGGCUCGGGGGAUUCAGGUGAGUGUUGUUCACUCGGAGACCAGGGGAAGAGCCUCACCGCCUUUGCCUUCAGUGGCGAGAAUUUUGGAUUCUGAUUCUAACGGGAAGAGGGUCGGGAGAAAGUAUGAGCUCUGUGUCUGCACGAUGUUGUGGAACCAAGCCUCGUUCUUACGCGAGUGGAUAAUGUAUCAUGCCUGGCUCGGGGUUGAACGCUGGUUCAUCUACGACAACAACAGCGAUGACGGGUUACAGGAUGAGAUUGAACGGCUAAACUCGGAGAACUACAAUGUGAGCAGACAUGUCUGGCCAUGGAUCAAGUCCCAAGAGGCCGGCUUCUCUCACUGCGCGCUUAGAACGAAAGGCGAGUGCAAAUGGGUCGGGUUCUUUGACGUCGACGAGUUCUUUUACUUCCCUUCUCGGCACAAACUGGGUUUACCCAUUGAAAAUGCGCUGAGGACGCUUGUCGUGAAUUACUCGUCGUGGGCACUGGUCGGAGGGAUCAAGACAGACUGUCACAGCUUCGGCCCAUCGGGUCUGGACUCGAUCCCGCCACGAGGUGUGACAGUUGGAUACACAUGCCGGCUCGUAAGCCCGGAGAGACACAAGUCUAUAAUACGACCGGACAUGCUGGCGAGCUCGCUUCUGAACGAGGUGCAUCACUUUCAGGUGAAGGAAGGAGUCGGGCAUGUAAAAUUACUGGAAAGCACUGCGAAGAUGAACCAUUACAAGUACCAGGUCUGGGAAACGUUCAAGGCCAAGUUCUACAGAAGGGUGGCGACAUACGUUGUGGACUGGCGAGAGAACCAGAACCAAGGGUCCAAGGACAGAGCCCCCGGGCUCGGGACAGAGGCCAUCGAGCCACCGGACUGGAGCCGCCGGUUCUGCGAGGUCUGGGAUACCGGUCUGAAGGAUUUGGUUAUCUCUAACUUCGCCGAUCAGGUUACCGGUUAUCUCCCCUGGCAACGGUUUGAUCGUCAGUAGAUGUUGUUCGGCAUGUACAUUUUACAUUGACGACACAUGGAAGCUAUAGAAUCUUUCAUUCUUUUGAUACAGAUUCUAGCUAAAUCUCUGUUUUUUUUUCGCGGUUUUGGAUGUAGUUGUCGGGGGUUGGUUACAGCUACAGAGAUACGACACAUGUAAAUUGCGUGACACUUUGAAAUCGAUUCUUUCCUUUUUCGUAUA